UUCUAUUAAAUAAGUGAAGGUUGACCACCAGGUGGCAGCUGUGUCUGCCAGGAAGAAAUCGUAGAAGAAGAAAAUCAGGAAGCGAACAGGCGGGCUGGCGGGCACUUCGAUUCCUCUUGUUACUUUAGUCGUUGUAGUUCUCACCCAGUGCUGCCUGGCAGUCAAGUUGUGUUCUCAUGGAGCCCACAGAGAGCAGAUUCACUCACCUGCUGAAGCCCAUCAGGAAGCUCACCGAAAACUGGGACAUCGACCUGACGUCCGAAUUAAACGACUACUUGGAGGAGUUGGACGAGAUGUGCAUCACGUUUGAUGGCAAAACCCGCCUGAACUUUGCAGAGGCAGCGCUACUCAUCCAAGGCUCUGCCUCCAUCUACAGCAAGAAGGUGGAGCUGCUGCACAGUCUGGUUUACCAGACUUUGGAGUCCAUCAGCGACAGGAACAAGAAACGAAGCAAACAAGCCACUGCGUGUGAGGAUUCCCACUCAGACGAAGCGAUGUCCAUAGAAGACGAGUUCUCGUUCAUGGACAGCAAUGUGAUGAACAACUCGGACCAGGAGGACCUGUGCACGCCGGUGAAGGUGACUCUGCUUCCUCCGGCGUCUCUGAUUGCUCCCGAAAACCAUGACAAGCAGAAGCUGCCCCUCAUCAGUGGGCAAGGUGAAAUCGUGUACAGCCAGAAGGACUUCUGGAUUAAUCUGUUCCUCCCAGGACACCGGGACAUGAUCCUCCUCAAUCAGGGCCCUGAGGCUAGAACACCUCUCUUAGACCAGAACCUGCAGCUCCUUGGCGUGUCAGUUGUUGCCGAUGUUGCAGACAUGGCCAAGGAGAGCUUCCUUCCUGUGGAGGAUGUGAUGGACGUGGAGCAUGUGGAGAGGCAGCAGGUUCAGAGUGAACCGCGCAUGAUUCGAGCACGGCAGCAGGUCGUCGCCGAGGAGGCGAAGUUGCCUGCCGUCACCGCGUGGACGCUCCACGACCCGUACGCCACAGAGUUCGACAAGAAGGGCGAGAAGGCCAUGAAGUUAGGAAAGUGCUACACGGUUCCCAUGGGUCUGGACCACGGAGGGAAGAGGAAAAGAAGGCACGCGGCUCCCCUGCAGGACUUCUGUCGAUGGUUCAAACAAAAUUAUGAUCCUCCUGAUUCCAAGAUGAAGAAGGGGCCCACGUUCAUCGACCUCAACUAUAUUUAUCUAAGUACCAUCAAAAGCAAGCUGACCUCCCACAAGAGAAUCAACAGGAAACAAGGUGUGUUUCUGACGGACGGGGAACUGACGAGAAACUUACUGCAGCUGGAGGAUGCGGGGCCGCACGGUCAGGAGGCGGAGCAUGUGGAGGGCUUCGGAGAGCUGGACUAUGCAGAGGACCUCUGCGACCGUGAACAACUUCCUGUCGAAUGCGAGGGGGAAGACGACGACGGCUUGUCGGGAGCUCAGCUGACCUAUGAAGGCCUCGUCAAGCUGCGUGUGGAGCAGCUGGUGCUCAACUCUCAAGGGUACGUGCAGGAGACGGCGUUGUCUCGACGGGUCAAAGACUGGGAGGACAAGCUGCAGCCCCAGCUGUGUCUGCAGGAGCAGCGCGUGCCGUUUGACAUCCACCAAUAUGGCGAUAGAAUCGUGUCGGCGUUGAACACUGUGGGACAGCGCCACUCCUUUUCGUCCAUCGUGUCCGGCUUGGACAAUUUGGAAGCCUGCAAGUUCUUGCUAGCGUCGCUACAGCUGGCCAACGACAACACGGUGGCCAUCGACAGUGUUGACGGUUUGGAGGAGAACUUGGACUCCAUGGCGUUGACGCUUAUCAGCACACAACGAGCUGCUGACAGGUUUAAAAGUCUCGCCACCACGGCGAACACCUCCUGAUGAUGACACUAUGCAUUAAGCCCACAACUGAGCCCCUAUAUAGAAAAGGGGGACAUUAAUCAUGUCUUUUAUUGAAUUUAUUAAAUGUUUCUUAUUUAG